UUUCUGGAGCCCGAUUAGACAGUGGGCUGAGUUCUGCUGCCAGAGGAGAGCUGUGAGAAAGGACAACAGACCGGCUUCAGGACGACUACCUGUUUGUGCUGUUUAACACUCAUUCAGCCCCAGAGAAGAAGACUUUAGCCAUAACUUGUGUCUGCAGCAUUGCCUUGAAGAUGGACAGCUCCUUCAUCUUGCAUCCCUGGUAUACAUGAGGUAAAAGACAAUUACCAUUGUGCAUCAAAGGAGAACUGCAGUGAAAUAAAUUCAAAGAGUUGAAGACAAAGACCUGUCAGCACCAUGACCUGCUUUCCUUGCCAUACCCGCAUCCUGCCACUGUUUCUGGUGCUCCUAGUGCCUCAUGGGGCCUGGAGCCAGAAUGACACGGAGCCCAUUGUGCUAGAAGGGAAAUGUCUGGUUGUGUGUGACUCGACGCCUUCCUCUGAGCCAGCAGGCAAUGCACUGGGCAUGUCUGUGCGCUCUGGGACUGGUCGAGUGGCCUUCUCCGCCAUUCGCAACACCAACCACGAGCCAUCGGAGAUGAGUAACCGUACUAUGACCAUCUACUUUGACCAGAUCCUGGUGAAUGUGGGGGCUCACUUUGACCCAGCAAGGAGCAUCUUCGUGGCCCCCAGGAAGGGAGUAUACAGCUUCAGCUUCCAUGUGGUCAAAGUGUACAACAGACAGACAAUACAGGUUAGCCUGGUGCUCAAUGGCUGGCCUGUGAUCUCCGCUUUCGCCGGUGACCAGGAUGUGACACGGGAGGCUGCCACCAAUGCAGGGUUGGUUACCAUGGAGAGGGGAGACAAGGCUUAUCUGAAGCUGGAGCGGGGGAACCUCAUGGGUGGAUGGAAGUACUCCACGUUCUCUGGCUUUUUGGUGUUCCCUUUGUAGAGAUCUGGUUAUGUUGACUAUAGCAUCUCCAUGAGGUUGAGAAAAACAGAUCUAAGAAGAGGUGAGACAGUGAGGUAUAGACUGGAAGAGAUGCAGAAGCGGAGAAAAGACAGAGAAAAGCAAGAAAUUCAGCAAGAAACUGUGAGGACAAGACUUUCUUGGACUUUCUAAUAGUGAGGGUGACUUUAACAUGCCGACCUCAGCUGUAGAUACAUAUGAACAGAAAAAAUGAGAAGAAAGGGCGUGGAGAACACCUCGGUAAUAAUGGGUUGCAUGUUUGCUAAUGUGCAUGCGUGACGGGCCCUCUGUUGACAUGUUUGUGAGUAGCGUCUGCGUGAGUGUGUCUUCACAACAUUGCCCAGUUAUUCCGACAACAGUCACACACUCUGCUCUUCAGACUUAAUUAAUUUCUGUUAUUUGUAGAUGUACUUGUCUCACCCCAAACAUACAGCUUGCAAAGAAGAGGAUGAAGGGUUUUGGCCUUUGCUAGGCAAGCUCUUCACCAGUAGAACUUGUGGAACAAGGUUCUUGAUCAGAAGGACAUUUUGCCUGUUGUACUGAGAUCCCUAUUGAUAUCCAGCUUUAAUGUGGUCCUUCUUCAAUGUCUACUUGUAUGUGUGUAUGAGUGUGUUUGUAUGAAAGGGGGUUAAGAGGGUACUCUCAUGAUGUUAGUCUAUAAUACUCAAGAUCCUGAAUUUUUCUGGAGAAAACUAUGAGUUAGCAAAGAAUACAUCCUUUGCAAAUCAACAAUUUUUGGUUGAGUCACAUUUAAUUAAACUGAAUUAAGUGAAAAUACAUCCUUUAUCCCAGAUUACGAUGGGCCAUCUCAGUGCACAUACCAUGCAGUAGUGACACAUUGCUUGGCACCAUUCAGUGUGAACAGUUUGUGUCACAUCUCAUGGUACUACAGUCAAAAACAACAUAUUUGUCAUUCCACAUCGUCUCCCACCGUAUCACGGAAUUCUGGGAUUAUGAGGGUUUCAGCCAGAUUUUAGUUACAGAUGUAUGGAGGCUAUAGUUAUUUUGUGUAAUUUCGGGGAACAGCUAGUACUGUGGUGGUUUGAGCUGCUGCUGCCUUUGGAUGGAAAGGUUACAGGUUUAAAUCCUGCCUCUAGGUGUAG